AAUUAUAUUUAAAUAGAUAAAUUACUAUACAAUUGAGAAUUGAGACUUGAAUUGAUUUCUUUUACUAACAAUAUCAAUUGAGUCAUUUUCGUAUUAGUAUUUAAAAAAAAAGUUAGGUUUAUUUUGCAUUUUCAUUUAUUUCCAUAUAAUCCUUUUACCAUAUCAUUAACUAAAUUAAAUUAGAUUAAAUUUUAUAAUUAAUUAUUUAAUUUAAUUUUAUAAUUAUUGAAUAAAUCAAAAUGGGACUUCCACCAGUUAAUGGAACUUCAUGUUUGUCACUUUAUGCUUCAACUAAAGAUUUAUUAACUCAAGCCAUUAAUUUUUAUACUAAUGUUAUAGGAUUAGAUUUACAUUCUGAAGAUGGUGAAAAAUUAUAUUUAUCAAAUGAAGAUAAUAAAUUAGCCAUUAAAUUAAUUGUUGAUGCAAAACUUUCAUUAAAUUCUGAUGAAAUUUAUGAAAAGAGGGAAAAAUUAAUUAAAUUAUUAAAUGUUAAUGAUUGGAGAUCUUUAGAAACUACUGUAGUUCUUAAAUAUACUAAAUUAAAUCAAUUAAUUUCAACCUUAAAGACUUUUAAACAACCAGUUCAAAUUAGUCCAAAUGAAUUAUAUCCUAAUGAAGUUUAUACUGUAGAUCCAUUAGGAAAUAUUGUCGGAUUUACUGCUACUGAAAAUCCUUUAUCAGUUAUACCACCAGUUGAAAAAUUCAUUAGUGGAGAAAAUAUUACUUCAACAAUUAUGAGUACUUCUGUAUCUGAUAGAUCAAGACAAGAUGAAGGUGUAAAACUUAGAAGAAAUAUUGCUAUUAUGACUUCUGGUGGUGAUGCUCCAGGUAUGAAUGCAAAUGUUCGAGCUGUUGUAAGAGCUGCUAUAUUUAGAGGUUGUAAAGCUUUUGCAAUUAUGGAAGGUUAUGAAGGUUUAAUUAGAGGUGGACCAAAAUAUAUUAAAGAAAUGUCAUGGCAUGAUGUUAGAGGUUAUUUAACUGAAGGUGGUACUAAUAUUGGUACUGCAAGAUCUAAAGAUUUUAGAGAAAGACCAGGUAGAUUAAAAGCUUGUAAACAUAUGAUUGAAGCUGGUAUUGAUGCUCUUAUUGUUUGUGGUGGUGAUGGUUCAUUAACUGGUGCAGAUUUAUUUAGAUCUGAAUGGCCUUCAUUAAUUAAAGAAUUAAAAGAUACAAAUCAAAUUUCUGAUCAUGAAUUUAAUACUUAUAAACAUUUAACUAUUUGUGGUACAGUAGGUUCAAUUGAUAAUGAUAUGUCAACUACUGAUGCAACUAUUGGAGCAUAUUCAUCAUUAGAUAGAAUUUGUCGUGCUAUUGAUUAUAUUGAUGCCACUGCUAAUUCUCAUUCAAGAGCCUUUGUUGUUGAAGUAAUGGGUAGACAUUGUGGUUGGUUAGCUUUAAUGGCAGGUAUUGCAACUAGUGCUGAUUAUAUUUUAAUUCCUGAAAAACCUUCAAGUUCAAGAGUUUGGGAAGAACAAAUGUGUGAUAUUGUUAACAAACAUAGAGCUAAAGGUAAAAGAAAAACCAUUGUAAUUGUAGCUGAAGGUGCUAUUACUUCUGAUUUAAAACCAAUUUCUGCUAAUGAUGUAAAGGAUGUAUUAGUUAAUAGAUUAGGUUUAGAUACUAGAGUUACUACUUUAGGUCAUGUUCAAAGAGGUGGUACUGCUGUUGCAUAUGAUAGAAUUUUAGCUACAUUACAAGGAGUUGAAGCGGUAAAAGCAGUUUUAGAUGUUACACCUGAUACUCCAUCUCCAUUAAUUGCAAUUGAAGAAAAUAAAAUUGUUAGAAAACCUUUGGUUGAAGCAGUUAGAAUUACUAAAUCAGUUGCAGAAGCCAUUCAAAAUAAAGAUUUUGAAAAGGCUAUGUCAUUAAGAGAUUCUGAAUUUACUGAUCAUUUAUCUAAUUUUAUUGCUAUGAAUUCUGCUAGUCAUAAUGAACCUACAUUACCAAAAGAAAAGAGAAAGAAGAUUGCUAUAAUAAAUAUUGGUGCCCCAGCUGGUGGUAUGAAUAGUGCAGUUUAUGCUUUUGCAACUUAUUGUAUGUCAAGAGGUCAUACUCCAUAUGCUAUUCAUAAUGGAUUUGCUGGUUUAGCAAGACAUGAAUCAGUUAGACUGAUGGAUUGGUUAGAAAUUGAAGGUUGGAAUUCAAUUGGUGGAUCAGAAAUAGGGACUAAUAGACAAACUCCUGAAGAUACUGAUGUAGGAAUGAUUGCUCAUUAUUUUGAAAAAUAUCAAUUUGAUGGUUUAGUAAUUGUUGGAGGAUUUGAAGCUUUUGUUUCUUUAGAUCAAUUAGAAAAGGCUAGACCAAUGUAUCCUGCCUUUAGAAUUCCAAUGGUUUUAAUUCCUGCCACUAUAUCUAAUAAUGUUCCUGGUACUGAAUAUUCUUUAGGUUCAGAUACAUGUUUAAAUUCAUUAAUGGAUUAUUGUGAUGUUAUUAAACUUUCUGCUUCUGCUACAAGAGAUAGAGCUUUUGUUAUAGAAGUUCAAGGUGGUAAUUCAGGAUAUAUUGCCACUUUUGCUUCAUUAAUUAGUGGAGCUCAAGCUUCAUAUGUUCCAGAAGAAGGUAUUGCAUUAGAUCAAUUAGAACUUGAUAUAAAAUCAUUAAAAGAAGCAUUUUCAGUUGAUAGAGGUUUAUCUAAAUCAGGUAAAUUAAUUUUAAAGAGUACAAAUGCUUCUAAAGUUUUAACUACUCAAGUUUUAGCUGAUAUUAUGAAAUCAGAAUCUAGUGGAGAAUUUGAUGUAAAGACAGCUAUUCCUGGUCAUGUUCAACAAGGUGGAUUACCAUCACCAAUAGAUAGAACUAGAGCUGCUAGAUUUGCUAUUAAAGCCGUUCAAUUUAUUGAAUCAGGUAGUGAUACAUUGAAACAAUUUAAAUAUGCAUUAGAUUUCCCAAGUGAUGAUAGACAACUUCAAAGUACUGCUGCUGUAUUGGGAAUUAAAUCUAGUCAUUUAAGAUUUAAAUCUAUUAGACAACUAUAUGAUUUUGAAACAGAAAUUGGUAAAAGAAUGCCAAAACAUAUUCAUUGGGCUAAAACUAGAGAUAUAGCUGAUCAAUUAGUUGGUAGAACUAGAAUAUCUAGACCUUAAUCAAAUAGAAUAUUCUAAUGACUCUAAAGAGAACAUGAACACAAUAUAGAAAUGUAUAGCUUAAAAUCCUAAGUAUUAAAUAUAAAUUCUAAAUUUAUGAAUUAACAAAGUUUCUUUGUAUUUUUAUUAAAAAAUGUCAUAUUUUAUUCCUUUUUCAGCCAAUUUGGCACCCAAGUUAUGCAAAGACGUUUUAACACAUAGAAAAUAAUAUUACUAAAAGCAGUCAAGAAAUGUCGGACAUUUGUCACAUAGACACACAGCAACUCACAGGUACGUUGAAUUUACAGGUAUAACCGAGGACCUCUUUAUAUGCAUUGAUCCGUCGGUGAUACGACAAGGAUUGUUCAUAGAUGGAACAUGGCUCAGAUUUACACAUACACACACAAAAAAAAAAUAAAGAGGUUCACUAUCUCCAAGUGAGAACUAAACUACUGCAA